UCUAAGCUUUAUGCCAUAUAAGUUUGAGUCGGAGUGAGUGCUAUCAUCUGCAUCAUGGCUACCCAUGGCUUUCGUCGCAUUUCCGAAUGCUUCGUCCAGCCACACCGCCCCACUCAAAUGUCAAACCAAAUAUGUCAUUUAACACCUUGGGAUAUUGCAAUGUUGAGUAGCCACUAUAUCCAGAAGGGUCUACUUUUCAAGAAGCCUUCAACACUUGUUCAUCCAGAUCAUUUCACAGACAAACUGCUGGAGAAACUCAGACACUCUCUUUCUCUCACCCUCUCCCAUUUCUAUCCAUUAGCGGGCCGUUUCGUCACCCACAAAACGCAAGACCCUCCCUCUUAUGCUGUUUUCAUUGAUUGCAAAAACAGUGACGGAGCUAAAUUCAUCUAUGCAACCUUGGACAUGACCAUAUCUGACAUACUCUCUCCCAUUGACGUCCCACCCAUUGUCCACUCAUUCUUUGACCACCACAAAGCAGUCAACCAUGACGGUCACACCAUGCCAUUGUUGUCCAUCCAAGUCACUGAACUAGUGGAUGGUGUUUUCAUAGGUUGUUCCAUGAACCAUGCUGUUGGUGAUGGCACUUCUUACUGGAAUUUCUUCAAGACAUGGUCUCAGAUCUUUCAAGCUCAUGAUCAAGGACAUGAAUACGAGGUUUCCAUUUCACAGCAACUCAUUCACAAUAGAUGGUUUCCGAAUGAUUGCAGCCCACCAAUCAAUCUUCCUUUCAAACAUCACGACGAGUUUAUCAGCAGAUUUGAAGCGCCCUUUCUGAGAGAGAGAGUCUUCCACUUUUCGGCGGACUCUAUUGCGAAACUGAAAGCAAAAGCCAACUCAGAGUGCAAUACCACAAAAAUCUCUUCAUUCCAGUCAUUAUCAGCACUUGUUUGGAGAAGCAUAACUCGAGCCCGCUCCCCACCGUACGAGCAAAGAACAAGUUGCAAGUUGGCCAUAAACAAUCGACCAAGAAUGGGAGCGGUGCCUGAGGAAUACUUUGGAAACUCAAUUCAUGUGGUGAGUGCAGAAACAACGACAGGGGAAUUGGUUGAGAAUGGUCUAGGAUGGGCAGCGUGGAAGUUGAACUUGACUGUUGCAAAGCAUAAUGAGAGAGUGGUACUGGAAUUGCUGAGAAAGUGGUUAGAAUGUCCAUUGAUAUAUGACCUUGGUAGUUUCUAUGGCCCGUACUGUGUGAUGAUGGGUAGCUCGCCCAGGUUUAGCGUGUAUGGAAAUGAAUUUGGAAUGGGAAAAGCAGUGGCCGCUAGAAGUGGGUAUGCUAACAAGUAUGAUGGGAAAGUGACAUCAUAUCCAGGUCGUGAAGGAGGGGGAAGCAUUGAUUUGGAAGUUUGCCUUUCCCCAGAUAAUAUGAGAGCGCUCGAAUCGGAUCAAGAGUUCAUCAAUGCAACUUCUCACUCCAGUCUCUUGUACUACAACAGCAGAGGAGCUAGAUUCAUCCAUGCAACUUUGGAUAUGACAAUAUCUGACAUCCUCCCCCCCGUUGAUGUCCCUCCUAUUGUGCACUCAUUCUUUGACCUCCACAAAGCAGUCAACCAUGAUGGUCAUACCAUGCCACUCUUGUCGAUUAAAGUUACUGAACUAGUGGACGGUGUUUUCAUAGGUUGUUCCAUGAACCACAAUAUCGCUGAUGGCACUUCUUAUUGGAAUUUCUUCAAUGCAUGGUCUGAGAUCUUUCAAGCUCAAGCUGAAGGGAAUGAACACGAUGUUCCGAUUUCAUGUCAUCCUAUUCAUAACCGGUGGUUUCCAGAUGGUUGCGGCCCAUUAAUCAACCUUCCCUUCAAACAUCACGACGAGUUUAUUAGCAGAUUUGAAGCACCCCAGCUGAGGGAGAGAAUCUUCCAUUUUUCAGCAGAGUCUAUUGCAAAACUGAAAGCAAGGGCGAAUUCAGAGUCCAAAACCACACAAAUCUCUUCGCUCCAAUCCUUAUCAGCUCAUGUUUGGAGAUGCGUAACACGGGCACGCCAGAUGGCACACGGUGAGAGAACAAGUUGCAAAUUGGCCAUAAAUAACCGGUCAAGAAUGGAACCGCCUCUGCCGGCCGAGUACUUUGGAAGUGCUGUUGGUGUGGUGAGCGCAGAGAGCACGGUAGGGGAAUUGCUGGAGAAUGAUCUAGGAUGGGCUGCACGGAAGGUGCUCGUGGCUGUUGACAACCAUAACGACAGAGUGGUGAGAGACAUGGUGAAAGAGUGGUUGCAGCAUCCAGUGAUUUACCAACUUGGUGUGAUCGUUGACUCCAGUUGCGUGAUGAUAUCAAGUUCUCCCAGGUUCAAUGUGUAUGGAAAUGAAUUCGGAAUGGGAAAAGCGGUGGCAGUUCUGAGUGGGUAUGCCAACAAAUUUGACGGAAACGUGAUCGCACAUCCAGGACGUGAAGGAGGAGGAAGCAUAGAUUUUGAACUCUCCCUUUCACCUCAUGUAAUGUGUGCACUGGAAUCAAAUCACGAGUUCAUGGAAGCUGUUUCCGUGCCCAAUAUUCUGCACUACCCAACAUCCACCGAUUCAGUUCAGACAUCUCUAAGAUAUCUGCGAAACAACUCCGAAAUUUUGGUGAGAGUUUGGAUGAUGAAUUCCACAGUCGUAAUAAACGUUUCAGAAUGUUUUAUCAUGCCGUUUGGCCCAGCUCAAGAGUCCAAUCGAAUAUGCAAUUUAACACCUUGGGAUAUUGGUAUGCUGUCUAUGCAUUACAUCCAGAAGGGUCUACUCUUCAAGAAACCUGCAACACUUGUUGAUCGACAAGAUUUCAUAGAGAAUCUGUUGGAGAAGCUCAAGCACUCUCUUUCUCUCACCCUCUUCCAUUUUUAUCCAUUGGCAGGCCACCUUGUCACAAACAAAGACCCUUCCUCUUAUACUAUUUUCGUUGAUUGCAACAACAGUCAUGGAGCUAGAUUCAUCUAUGCAACUUCGGAUUUGACAAUAUUUAACAUACUCUCCCCUGUUGACGUCCCAGCCGUUGUUCACUCAUUCUUUGAUCAUCACAAAGCUGUCAACCAUGAUGGUCACACGAUGCCUCUGUUUUCCGUUAAAGUCACUGAACUAUUGGAUGGUGUUUUCAUAGGCUGUUCUAUGAACCACGCCAUAGGCGAUGGAACAUCUUAUUGGAAUUUCUUUAAUACAUGGUCUGAGAUCUUUCAAGCUCAUGCUCAAGGUCAUGAAUACGAUGUUCCCAUUUCACGCCACCCCAUUCAUAACCGGUGGUUUCCUGAUGGUUGUGAUCCAUUAAUCAAUCUUCCCUUUAAACAUCACGACCAGUUUAUUAGCAGAUUUGAAGCACCCCAGCUGAGAGAGAGAAUCUUCCAUUUUUCAGCAGAGUCAUUUGCAAAACUGAAAGCAAGGGCUAACUCAGAGUCCAAGACCCCCAAAAUCUCUUCGUUCCAAUCCUUAUCAGCUCAUGUAUGGAGAUGCAUAACACGUGCUCGUCAGCUGCCACAUGAUGAGGUAACUAGCUGCAAAUUGGCCAUGAAUAAUCGAGCAAGAAUGGAGCCGCCUCUGCCACAUGAAUACUUUGGAAACUGUAUUAGUGUGGUGAGUGCGGGGACAACAGUAGGGGAAUUGCUGGAGAAUGAUCUAGGAUGGGCUGCAUGGAAGGUGCGCCUGGCCGUUGCAAACCAAAACGACGGAGCAGUGCGACACGCGGUGAAAGAGUGGUUACAACGCCCUGUGGUGUACCAACUUGGUGUGCACUUUGAUUCGCGUAGUGUGACGAUGUCAAGUUCGCCCAGGUUUGACAUGUAUGGGAAUGAAUUUGGGAUGGGAAAAGCUGUUGCAGUUCUGAGCGGAUAUGCCAACAAAUUUGAUGGGAAUGUGACUUCAUAUCCAGGAUCUGAAGGAGGGGGAAGCAUAGAUUUGGAAGUGUCCCUUUCGCCCGAUGCAAUGAGCUUACUAGAAUCGGAUGAGGAGUUUAUGGAAGUUGUUUCAGUGGCCAAUUCCCUACUCUGGCGACUUUGUUGAUCAUGUUCAGCGGAUAAUCAUUAAAAAUAAGGUAACAUGUACAAGAGUAGAUAAUCCAUGUUUUUCGACAGGACAUUUUAUACACCAUCAUAUCUGUUUCGCUUACUCUGCACAUGAAUCGGAAAUGUUUAAAUGAUUUUCAUCUUAGCCAAACUUGAAAGGCUCCAAAAUCUGUUGGCCACGCAAUUAUUGUAUGUAAAUAUAGAAAAGUACAUGUUGAUUCAGUGGUGAAGAUCGUGGUUGGUUUGGUUUUUGAUGGACAUCCUGUUGAACAUAAAUUAUGAUAGACUCUGAUGGACUCUUCUAAAUUGUAUUUAUAUAUAUUAAGAGGAAAGAAUGUUACGGUGAUUGCUAAAGAACUAUCCUUUUACUUCUCAAUUGAUGUUCGAACGCUUAUAAAACGUAUUCAACAAGUGGAAGAAAAGAACAAGAGAUUCAAUACUUGUGGAUGAAGGGAAGGGCGUAGAGCAUGUUGAGAGACUGAAACAACUCCUACUCUG